GCGGCCGCGGAGCCGCGCGGGGGAUGUGAGGCCGGAGGGACCAGCGCGGAGACAAUGCGGGGGUGGGGUCCCCCCCCCUGCUAGGGACCCCCCCCGGCCAGGUGAGCCCCGCGCAGGUGGCGCCGCGGGGGGACCCCCGCCCAGGUUCAUGUGCGGGGACCAGCCUUAUAUGGACUCCUCGCUCCAGCAAUGGCUCGGGAUUUUCCAGCGGCAGGCGCGGGUUCGGCGCGGCUGAACCAGAUCCAGAAGUGAUUUUUUUUUUUUUUUUUUUUGGCGUCUGUCCCCUUCGUCUAAUUUUUUUUUUUUUUUCCUUUAAUUUUUUUUUUUUUUUUUUUUUUUUUUUUCCUGGAGUUACAAACUAUUCCCGAAACCAGCUGCUGGAAUUUUCCCCCGUGGCAGAACAACCGCCAGCACCGCAGAGAGACCCGUCUCUACGGCCGCUUAUUUUUCUAUAAACCCACAUCGUUAUCAUUAUUUUAGUGUUGUUAUCACCGUGUUUUUUGCCCCCUUCUCCACGCGUGCCCGUCCCUCCCCGCGUCCCCGCGCGGCGCCGCUCGCCGUGUGCGCGCCCAGCCGCGACCCGGAGCUGCGGCUCCAACUUUCCCGAGGCGGAAUUUGGCCGGAACAUGUCUCUGACCAACACAAAGACGGGCUUCUCGGUGAAGGACAUUUUGGACCUGCCCGACACCAACGAUGAGGACGGCUCGGCGGAGGGCGGCGAGGAGGAGAGCGAGGCGCCCGAGCCGCCGCGGAAAGCGGGAGUUUUGGGGCAAAGCCCCUUGGACACUGUUCCGACGCUGCCUUUGAAGAGCCCUUUCUAUGAUAACAGCGAUAAUCCCUACACGCGCUGGCUGGCGAGCGCCGAGGGCAUCCAGUACUCCCUGCACGGUCUAGCAGCCGGCGGCGGCGGCCAGGACCCCUCGGCCAAAUCUCCGGAGCCGUCGGCAGACGAGUCGCCCGACAACGAGAAGGAAGCGGCGGGCGGCGGGGACGCGGGCAAGAAGAGGAAGAGGAGGGUGCUCUUCUCCAAGGCGCAGACCUACGAGCUGGAGCGGCGGUUCCGGCAGCAGCGGUACCUGUCGGCGCCGGAGCGGGAGCACCUGGCCAGCCUGAUCCGCCUGACCCCCACGCAGGUGAAGAUCUGGUUCCAGAACCACCGCUACAAGAUGAAGCGGGCCCGGGCCGAGAAAGGUAUGGAAGUGACUCCUCUCCCCUCGCCGCGGCGGGUGGCCGUGCCGGUGCUGGUCAGGGACGGCAAGCCCUGCCACACGCUCAAAGCUCAGGACUUGGCGGCCGCCACGUUCCAGGCGGGCAUCCCGUUCUCGGCGUACAGCGCGCAGUCCCUGCAGCAGCACAUGCAGUACAACGCGCAGUACAGCGCGGCCGGCAGCCCCCAGUACCCCACAGCGCACCACUUGGUGCAGGCGCAGCAAUGGACCUGGUAAAAAAACUCCCCCCCGCCAA